UGAACCGAAAACCAAACCUAGUGGCAAAUCAAGCACCCCGAAGACACCCUGUUGGCAGUGCGGCGGCAUGCACUUCGUUCGCGAUUGUUCGUUCUCCAACCACGUUUGUAAGGACUGCAAGCAAACCGGACAUAAAGAGGGCUACUGCGGCUGUUACUCAGCGAAGACAUCUACCAAGAAGAAGAAGUCGAAGGUCAACGGUGUUUUCGCGAUCAACCAGGUUAGUAGUGAGUCCCGGCGGAAGUUCCUGACCGUGAAUAUCGAUGGAUCUGAAGUGACGCUGCAGUUUGACACGGCUUCGGACAUCACCAUCAUCUCUCGGAAAAUCUGGAACAAAUGUCUUGGAUCCCCUCAACUACUUCCCACAACAAGAGCAGCAACAACAGCGUCUGGCAAGCCUCUUCAGCUUCUUGGUGAACUUCAAAGCGCAAUCACACUUGGAGGUGUCACCAAACCAGGAAAACUUUACGUGGCCAGCAACAAUCUCAACCUGUUUGGCCUGGAAUGGAUCGACUUGUUUGGACUAUGGGACAAGCCAUUGUCGGCGAUCUGCAAUCAAGUUCACGCCGAUCAACCCAACGCAAUCCAGCACUACAAGGCAAGAUUCCCAGACGUUUUCCGGCAAGGUUUAGGACACUGCACAAAAACCAAGAUACGCCUGUUCCUGAAACCCGAAGCUAUGCCAGUCUACAAACCGAAACGGCCUGUACCAUUCACAUCCGUGGAGAAAGUCGAUGCAGAACUGGACCGUCUUCAACAACUGGGUAUCAUCACCCCGGUUGACUUUUCCCAGUGGGCUGCACCAAUCGUAGUGGUCAAGAAACCAGGAGGAAAGAUUCGGAUCUGUGCCGAUUAUUCAACCGGUCUGAACGCCGCCCUGGAGUCGAACAACUACCCGCUGCCAGUUCCCGACGACAUCUUCAGCAAGCUCAACGGAUGCAAGUAUUUCAGCAUAAUCGACCUUAGUGAUGCCUAUCUGCAAGUAGAAGUGGAUGACGACUCGAAAAACUUGCUGACCAUCAACACACACCGUGGACUAUUUGGUUUCAACCGGCUAGCACCUGGGGUGAAGUCGGCUCCAGGAGCAUUCCAGCAGCUGAUGAACACGAUGAUCGCAGAUAUCCAAGGUGUCGAAUCGUUCCUGGAUGACCUGAUGGUAUUCAGCAAAACCGAGAAGGAGCAUCGUGAAAUCCUCACCGCUCUUUUUCAACGACUGCAAGAGUAUGGCUUCAUCCUCCGUGAAGAAAAGUGCAACCUGCUACAGCUUCAAAUCAAGUAUCUUGCACACAUCGUUGACGAAUCUGGACUACGACCGGAUCCUGCCAAAAUCGAAGCCAUUGUCAAGAUGCCUGCUCCCAGCGACAUUUCCAGUCUACGAUCGUUCCUCGGUGCGGUGAAUUUCUAUGGCAAGUUCGUAUCAGAAAUGCACCAGACCACUCGACGCGCUUCUCAAGAAGGAUGCCAAGUUCGUUUGGAACAACGACUGCCAGAAGUCUUUCCAGAAGUUCAAAGAAGUGCUCCAGUCAGAUCUUCUCCUAACGCAUUACGACCCGACUCUGGACAUCAUCGUAGCAGCGGACGCAUCCCAGUCAGGAAUUGGAGCCUGCAUCAUGCACAAAUUUCCCAACGGCGCUCUCAAAGCGGUGGCACAUGCACCCCGUUCCCUCACCGAUGAUGAAAAACGUUACGGACAGGUGGAGAAGGAAGGUCUAGCCCUGGUAUUCGCUGUAACGAAGUUCCACCGGAUGUUACUUGGACGCAAGUUUACGCUACAAACGGAUCAUCAGCCACUCUUGAGGAUAUUUGGAUCGAAAAAGGGGAUUCCAAUCCACACCGCCAAUCGCUUACAACGCUGGGCACUGACGCUUCUGUGUUACGAUUUUGACAUCCAGUAUGUAUCCACCACCCAGUUCGGAAAUGCCGAUGUUCUUUCCCGUCUCAUCAGCG